GUUUUCCAGCUUUUAACGUAUGAUUCAUCAUGACUGGUAAGGGUGCACAUUCUGUAUCACAUAUACAUACUUACCCUUUUAAAAUUGUGCAGGUGACUUUUAUAUACAUACCCUUUAUACAGAUCAACCUUGGGAGUCCUUAGUGGGCUGUGUUGGGCCAAAUAGCCUUUCAGCUGCCCAUUUAAAAGCACUGUAUGAGCCAGGCUACAUACCAGAUGUGGUAAUGGAUGCUCUCAUGAGUAUCACCUGCAAGAAAUUCAAGGAUGUGUACAAUAUUUGUACACAAUCCAUGACUAAGAUUCUGUCUGGAUCGCAGAGGGUUAAAAGCCACUACUUUUGCAAGAAAGACCUAUUUAAAACCUACACUAAAGUUAUUGGUGCCCUCCUGGAAAAUGAAAAUCACUGGACCCUUUUUUUCUGUGACCUCACAAAACAAGAAGUCACAUACAUGGAUCCAUUUGGUGAAGCCAAUGGAAAGAAAAACGAGAUUCUGAAGAAUUGGAGUUAUUUUGCCAAAGCUAAAGGAUGUGCCCUGAAAUGGACAUGGAAUGAUGUGCCCCACCCACGACAAGAGGAUGGACAUUCUUGUGGGGUCCAUGUGCUAAUGUUUGCUCAGGCCCUGCUUGAGGGAAAAGGUUUCGUGGAUGGAUAUGCCUCCGUGGAUAUACCCCAGCUGAGGGCACAGUUCUGCAACAUUCUGUUUUCCUCUUUAGAUAGAGGAGUAAAGUGCACAGUGUGCUGGAGUGUCCUGAUAAAAGAGAAGGUGUGCUGUCAGGAAUGCGGUGCACACAGCCAUUUGAGAUGUCAGCGAAAACCAUGUGGCAUCUGUGUAAUUUCAGGUGAAGGAAACACUAUGUUUAAACAUCUACAAAAAGGAGAAAGUAAGCAGACAGAGGAAAGCACAAGAAGACCUCCAGAUGAUGAGAGGAAACAAGAGGAAGAAGAGAAAAGGGAAACUCACAAAACAGAAAAAGUGGAAGUAAAAAAAAAAAAAUCAAAGUGUAAAAAAAGAAAGGCAAGUGAUGCACCAGAUAGGGGGGAAAAGCAAGACAGCGAGGAAGAAAGACAGCCACAAACCUUUGACACUGGCAAGGAUGCAGGUUUUGAAAAUGAGGAAAUAGAGGCAAGAGACAGCGGAGAUUGUCCUUUGAAUAACCCCACAGACGACAUUGAAGACAUCAAAGUUUUUGGACGCUUAGUCCUCACUGGUCAGAGAAAGUCCCCGUAUGUUGUCACAAAAGAAGAAAUUCAGCGCAGAAUAGAAGGGGAGAAUAUGUCCUCUAAUGUUUUCAGAGAUCUGCUAGGAGGGCGCAAAAAAAAUCUCCCUGAAUUAGUCCUCAAUCUUCCCAAGAAAAUGAAGACUAAGACAAGCAUUUUUAGUGCACUAACAGAGGGCGAGGCUUCAGACCUUGCCACUGGUUUAACUAAAAGCCUGUGUCAAAAUGUCAGUCCAAAGUUGGUACGUAAAGACAUAAGUGACAUGCAGAAGUGA